AUGGAACACAAAUAUUAUGAAGAUCAGAAGACUGAGCGGCGGAUGUUCUGUUCCAAAGGUGUGGACCCAGUCUGGUACCAUAGCAUGAUGCGAACCCAAAGGCUGAGGGAGAGGAGCGAAGAAUAUCAGAGGAAGAGAGACCAGCAGUUCUCAUAUCAAACUCUGGAUCAAAUUACAGAUAUCUUGAUGGAAACCGGUGAGAUAUCCAGCUCUAGCAGCGAUGAAGAGAAGGAGGUCACACCCCCAAAGCGAUUGAGACAAAUGUCUGAGAGUGACACACAGCUUCAAACUCAGGGAGAACAGAGUGAGUUGGUGGCUCCUGAGUACGCCCACAAACCCUGGAACCGCUAUAAGGAAUUUCUCCACUUCCUUGAGCAAAGGCAGGUAUCCAGUGUGCUGUUUUCAUACAAAGACAGCAGGUUUGGGUGUCUCUCAAGGGCAGCAGCCGUCCUAAUACACCACUUUGGCCAUCUAACAGAGUUCCUGAGCCAGAACCCUCACAUUAACAACCGUCUGGCCUGCCUCGUCAGAGAAGUGAUGGAGCUUCCCUACUUAAAGGUGGUCCUCGUGGUGUUUGCCUGCCUGGGUGUGCACUUGGUGGAGCCUUUCUAUGCCCGAACCAUCGAGAAAGAUGCUACCCAUUCUCAGCUCAGGGAGUUCUACAAGGGACUCCACACAGGCUUGGGUCAGCCAAUCAGUGACAGUUACACUGCAUUCAUAACACCUGAGUAUCCUGUAGUGUCUGAAAAGCUUUUCAGUAGCGUAAAGAGGACCUACACAGAAGAGGUGCUGAACUCUGUGUCUGACGUGGCUGCUGAACACUUGGAUGAGGUGAAGAAGCUGAUUGCUCUCAUGCAGCCCCACCUGAAGACAGUCCUGGCCAGGCAGAGAAGGGACUAUGGGAUUGAUGAGGAGACCUUCCCAAUGGACUACCCGAUCAGUGAACAGGCUGGUGAUAUUGAUGGCACCCCUGUGCACAACAUUGGGAUGGAGAGACAAUGUGGCAAGGUGGACUACAGACUGAAGAAACUAGGUACACUGAAUGCAGUGAGUAGGUCAAUCAUUUUACAAAAGAGCCAGGAACUUAGGAAUGGACAGAUUCCAUCCUUCAGAGGAUUCAAGGCAGCAGCCCAGGCAAAACGAGAGGUUGAACUAAAUUGGAGUAAACUCAUGAAGGCGAAAUUCCAGUGUGGGGCAGAACAGAAACAGGAGAUGGCUCAAAGAAAAGAGAGGAAGAGACUAGACCUGCUGGACAUUCUUAAAUCUAGAGGUGGCCCCUUCACUGACAGCGGGGAAGUUGAUAAGUUCCUUGUGGAUCAAAGUCUGAACAACAUUGAAAAGCUGCAGAGAAUGAAGCUUGAGGUUCAGUUUGCAAGACAAAGUACCACACUUCUGCCUAAAGCUGAUCCCAUCUUCAGAAUCCAGGUAACACUGGCCAGUGGGAAGAGGAGGAUGAAAACAGCACACGAGUUUGGAGAUGCUCUCAUGGCAUACCUAGGCAAGAGGAGUGACCGAACCACACUGGAAUAUGAAAGAUUCCAAGAAAGUCUUGAAAGACUAAGAUCUGUACCUUAG